AUGUCAUUCGAUUCCUCAUCCCCGCCGUUAUAUACGUCGGAUCCCAACGCCCGUGUCUUCAGUUCCUCAUGUUUCGACUUCCUUCUCAUAGAAUUGGUGCCUAUGGCCGAACGUAUGGCCCGGGAUCUAGCGACUGAGGGAAAGGAAACCGAAGACGAAGAAGUCAGGGAGACGACCUUUUUCCGUUUGGAGUCUUUGGGGUAUCGUGUGGGACAAGGUCUGGCGGAACGAUUCUCUCGAGACCGGCCUCGUUUUACCGAUAAUCUCGAUGUGAUCAAGUUCCUCUGCAAGGACCUGUGGACAGUCUUAUUCAAAAAGCAGGUGGACAAUUUGAAAACAAACCAUCGAGGGGUUUAUGUUCUGACCGAUAGCGCGUUCCGACCAUUUGGAAGGAUGAGUAUGGCAGUCCGGAGCGAUGCAACGUCUAUGGCACAAGCAUAUCUCUGGUUCCCCUGUGGUGUCAUUAGGGGCGCGUUGGCCAAUUUGGGUAUCAACACCACCGUUCAGGCCGAGACGUCGGAUCUGCCAGGUGCGACUUUCCAGAUCAAAACUCUCCAGCCUCGACCUUGA